CACAACGCUAUUCAGUAAACAUAAUUAACGAUGGCUGACACGAAGCGCAGCGUCGUCAUCAACUUUGACGAAGUAAAAUUAAAAUUAAAACAGCUCUCCAAGGUUUUUGAUACUCCAGAAUUAGAAUCGGUCAAUCUCAUAUUUGUAUGCACUGGGAAGAACCAGAACAAUGCAAGCGCAACAGCCUCUGAAUUGCUCCAACUAUGGCUGACGGGAUUCCAAUUUCCAGAAACACUCUUCGUCUUUGCUAAAGAUGGUACAUGGCACAUCCUAACUUCCCCCAAAAAAGCGGUGUACUUGGAACCCAUAAAGGAACAUCAUGAUAAAUUGAUCAUUCUCCAGCGCAGCCCGGAAACUCCGGAUGAAGAUAUGCUAUCUCAGAUCAUAUCGAAUAUAGAUAAUCCUACCCUAGGAGUGUUCAGUGGAGAUAAGCCAAUGGGAGCAUUUGCCGAAAAUUGUAUGGAAAUAAUUGGGUCACACCAGACUUUUGAUGUAACUUUCCAACUGACGAAUAUCAUGGCAAUACGCACUAAAGUUGAUAUGGAAAUACAACGGAAAGCUGCACAAGUCAGCUGCGCAGUGAUGAAGUCACAGCUUAUUAACCAAAUUGAAAAUAUCCUCGACUCUGAAGAGAAGAAAACACAUGCUAACAUUGUGGGAGAGGCAUUCAAUGUGUAUAACGAUACUAAAUUCUUGGAUAAACUACAAAGGAAAUACAACGUAAACCCAAGUGAGAUUGAAGUAGCUUACAGCAAUGUACAAAGCGGUAACACAUUCAACCUGAGUGUCGGAGUCCCUCCCAAUGAUAUGAUACUAUCACACGCAUCUGGAACUAUUAUAGUCUCUGUCUGCUCCAAAUAUUCCGAGUUGUUUGCAUGCCUCACCCGUACGCUCCUGUUAGAUGGGACAGCAAAACAUAAGGAAGCCUAUACGUUUGCUCUAAGCGCAUUAGAUUUUGCAUUGACCAAGCUAAAACCAGGUGUUACGUUUGGAUCCAUAUACGACGAUGUACACAAUUUUGUUGCAUCUGAAAAGCCCAAUUUUGCCGAUAGGUUGCUACGAUCUGUAGGACACAUCAUGGGCAUUGAAUUCACAGAUCCGAACUUUACACUUGUCAGUGGGAAUGACAAAUGCAUUGUUGCUACAGGAAUGGUCUUCCAUAUUUCAUUGGGAUUUGUUCACCUAGAUGCUGACGGAAAGGAAUUUGCUAUAUGGAUUGGAGAUACCGUGGAAGUAACAGAUGAAGGUGCUGUAGUGCUAACAUCAACCGUCAGCAAGAGUUUAGAGAAUAUAUCAUACGAAUUAGAGGAUGAAGAAGAAACACCGAUGCAUACAAAUGAGACAAAACCACAGAAACAGCCCUCAGUGUCUUCUGAACUGCUACGUGACGCUGAUAGCGUAAUACUAAAGGAACGCUUGAGGAAACGUGAUAGGCCAGGACAAAACCAAGUGUCUGAAUCGGAAAUUAAAGCUCGAAUGGAACGACAAUUGCAGCUACGCAAACAGAAGGUAGAAGCCAUUGCACGCCGAGUAAAGGAGGAAGGUGGUCUAGCGGGUACUGCAAAACAACGCAACGUAGUGAAAAUGGACAAAUUGCGAGCAUUCUCAUCACCCAAUACGUUCCCAAGAGAUCUUAUCCCGAACCAGAUUUACGUUGAUGUAGUUAACGAGGUUAUAAUGCUACCAGUUAACGGAUACCACCUACCAUUCAGUAUACUGACAGUUAAAAAUGCAUCAUGUAACUCCGAAGAUAACCAAACAUACAACCUACGUAUCAAUUUCCAGGUGCCAGGAUCACAUACAUUCACCUCAAAGAAUGAUGUUAACCCAUUACCAGAGGUAACAGCGGAGAACUCCAUUUUCGUUAAAGAAGUGAUGUACCGCUCAUCCGAUAGCAAACACAUACAAAACGUGUUCCGUGCAAUAAAGGAUCUCAUUAAGCAGGUCAAGCAACGUGAAACAGAUGCUGAUGCUAACCGAGUAAUUGCUGAACAAGAAAAACUUAUGCUUAAAAAGGAAGGACGCCGUAUCGUACUGAAAGACCUCAUGGUACGACCAAACGUACACGGAGCGAGGCGGAUUAUUGGAUUCCUAGAAGCACACCAUAACGGUCUCAGAUAUGUAGUCAACACACGAGAUAGAGUGGACCAUAUAGAUAUUACGUACGCGAACAUUCGUCACGCUAUUUUCCAACCGUGCGAACGUGAGUUAAUAGUGUUGCUACACUUCCACCUCAAAUCGCCCAUAAUGGUAGGGAAAAGGAAAUCUAUGGAUGUGCAAUUUUACUGUGAAGUUGGUACCCAAAUAGAUGACUUGGACAACCGUCGUGGAAGAUCGUACAACGACCCCGAUGAAACAUUAGAAGAAAUGCGUGAUCGUGAAAUGAAAAGACGUCUCAAUGCUGAAUUCAAACAGUUUGUCACACAACUGCAGGAGAUGUCUAACCUGGUUUUCGAUAUGCCAUAUCGGGAACUCAUGUUCAGUGGUGUGCCAUCAAAGUCCAAUGUAGAAAUCCUGCCGACAGCACAUUGCCUAGUGAACCUAGUGGAAUGGCCACCAUUCGUACUGACACUAGAGGAUGUUGAAAUGGUAUCACUAGAAAGAGUGCAACAUGGGCUACGCAACUUCGAUAUGGUAUUGGUCAACAAAGAUUACUCAAAGGCAGUCAGGCGCAUAGACCUUAUCCCAGUGGAAUACCUGGAUGUGCUCAAAAGCUGGUUGAACGAAUUGGAUAUGGUGUGGUAUGAAGGAAAGAACAACUUGCAGUGGACCAAUAUAUUGAAGACCAUCUUGGACGACGUUGAUGCAUUCGUCGAGAAUGGAGGGUUCGAUGGGUUCCUAGGAGAAUCAGAAGGUGAAGAGGAAUCCCUGGAUGAUGAAGAUGAAGAGUAUGAGCAUGACAGCGAAGAAGAAGUUGAGGAAGAUAGUGAUGAGGAAUAUGGAGAUGACGAUGAGUCAUUGGCAGACGAAGAUGAAGAGGAAGAAGACGAAGAAUAUGAGGAUGAAGACGAGGAAGAAGGGCUGUCAUGGGAUGAAAUGGAAGCUUUUGCCAGAAAGGAAGAUGAUAAACACCGUUAUGAGGACGAUAAUAGCAAUCAGCGGUCCAAGAAGAGACGCCGUUAAAAACAACGGUCAUGUAACUUCAGUGACGGGGGUAUCUAUACUGAUAUGCAAGUACUAAUCAACACUAUAUCGUUUAAUAGAUGACUGUUUUUGAUGCUACCACGUAAUACUACCGAGUUCACU